AUGGACCCUCAAGCCACUCCAAGAGAGCCCACUGGGUUUUUAAACUAUCCGAAGCCCACCCAAGGGCCUGAGAGUGUCUUGCAGAGAGGAAAGUUAGCAAACCCUGUUUUGAGAGGACCGUUGUUGGUCAUCUUCGCCUUUCUGAUUGAAUGGGUUCGGCUGGUCCGAGAGUUGGUUUGGCACAAUGCCCGCUUCGAUUCAUUACGCCACAUUCGACAAGAACUCGAGUGCUACGAGGCACGAUACGACCCAACAGUUAUCCCUAUCCCGUGCGAUACCACUUCCUCAGAUGAAGAGUUCGACCUUGGUGCUCCUUCAUCGCCAACACUUGUACCAUCCGAGCCGAUGACCGAGGCACCAUACUAUUCAGUUUCCGAUUACCGAGCCAUGUACCUAUCCGGACAGGCUACGCCGACCGAUGUUGCCCGCGCCCUGUUACCAUUGAUCCGACGCGAUAUCAGCCCUCAAGGGAAGCAUUCAACAGCAUGGAUCGACACUAAAGUAGAGCUGGUUCUUAAAGCCGCCGAAGAAUCGACAAUUCGUUAUCGCCAGAACCGAUCUCUUGGACCUCUUGAUGGCGUCCCCGCGUCGAUCAAGGACGAUUUCGAUCUCGACGGUUACGAUAUGACGAUGGGUUCCAACAUGAAUUACGCCGGACGAGCUGUGAAGGGUGGUUCCAUCACCAACUGGAGUGUGCGAAAACUACAAGAAGCGGGGGUUAUCAUUCUGGGGAAGCUCACUAUGCAUGAGUUCGGGAUGGAUACUACCGGUAACAAUCCUAAUCAUGGUACACCACUCAACCCCUUCAAUUCGGGGUAUUAUGCUGGCGGAAGCUCAUCGGGAGCUGGUUAUGCAGUUGGUGCUGGCUUGAUCCCAAUCGCUCUUGGUGGUGACGCUGGCGGAAGUCUUCGUGUCCCAGCGGCAUACUGUUCAGUCUUUGGUCUCAAGCCUACUCACGGCCGUCUCUCCUCGUAUCCGACACCAAACCCGGCUCCGACUUGUUCAGUUCAAGGACCCAUGGCAGCCGACAUGUACUCGCUCGCUACCGUCUACGAGACUAUCGCAAACCCUCAUCCUUCUUCGCCGUUUCCUCAACUCUGCCGAGAACCUUCGAGGCCUUCGACAAAAUUUCUUGGAGUUUAUGAGCCAUGGUUUUCAUGUGCAGCAUUGGGUGUUCAGGACUUGACCAGGAGUCUUGUUGGCAAGCUCUGUACCGACCAUGGAUAUACUAUUGUCCCUAUUAGCAUUCCUUUCACAGAAGAGGGGCAGAUUGCGCAUGCGAUGACUGUCUUAACCGAUGCGGCUUCUCUUUUGCCGGACACAAAGGACAUCACAGCUGCGACAAAAAUAUUGCUUGCAGUUGGGCGUACAACACCGGCUACAGAUUAUCUCCUUGCUCAAAAGCUUCGAAGUCUGUUGAUGCAACAUCUCUCUCAUCUUUGGCAGAUGUAUCCGGGCAUGCUAAUCGUCACACCUACUACAGCCUGUGCCGGCGCCCCGAUCCGAGGUGGGGAGAGUGAGUUGAAGUACGGAGUCAGCGAUGGCAACCUCACGAUAGAGAGCAUGACCUACGUGUGGCUGGCCAAUUUCUGUGGACUGCCAUCCAUCUCAGUCCCUGCUGGAUUCGUGAUCCCGGAAGGACAAGACAGAGCAGGCGAGGAAGCAGAUGAGAGGACGGAAGGCAAAGUGCCCAUCGGUCUCAUGGCGACCGGGGAGUGGUGCAGCGAGAAGGUGUUGCUUGAUUUCGGUGUCGAUGCCGAGGCAGCCGGAAGUGAGAGGCGAUGCAGGCCACCUAUCUGGGAGGACAUGAUUAAGCAGGCAAAGAUGCUCUCGCAGGCGAGAGAAAAGUCUUGCCCGAAUGAAAAGGAGGAGAGCAUAUAG